AUGCUUGGUGAUGAAGAAAUAAAAGAAAGUAGCCUCAUGAGACCCGGCGACGAAAUUAUAAGUAUACAAGAAAUUUGUUUGACUGACAAACUUUAUAAAAAGGAGUUGGAAUUCGGGAACGAACCUCUUUUUUCAAGUUCGAUUAGAAAUGAAUUGGAGGUGCCCCGUUUCCUUCGCGACGGCUUCUUUCCAGAUGGCUCGGAUCAGCAGCAGGCCAAGUUUGCCUGGACGGAGGAGGACGGGAACAUCGCUGCUCUAGUCUCCGAGCCUGGCUUCGGGACCACUGGGCAGACCACUUUCGGCAAGAGUUUGGAUGCAGCCUUAAAAACUGAAAUGAAGGAGGCGGAUACGUCGAGCUCCUCAUUCCAACCUACGAAUCGAAAUGCUUUUUCUUUUUUUAAGAAAUCUCACACGGACCCUCACAUCGUAACGUCCACGUCCGCUUCUACAUCCAGUACCAGCAUAGGCAAGGGUAAUCAAAGCACCUAUAAAGUUGAUAAAACGGAUCCAAGAUCUAGAUACCAUUAUGUGAAAUAUGUGAAGAGAAAUGGACGGGCGGUCAAGCUGUGGGAGUGUGGUAUAUGUAGCCGUGAGUUUCAACAUCAGUAUACGCUGAUGCGUCACCUGCCGACUCAUACUGAUGAAAGGAACUUUCACUGCUCUGCAUGCGGGAAGAGCUUUAGGCAGCUGUCUACCCUCAGCCAACAUCGCGCUAUACAUUCCGCUGAGAGACCUUACGCUUGUGAGGCGCAUCCAGAUGAAACCAGCAUUGGUUCUUGUGGUAGUGGACGUAGUAUUCCUCGCUCGGUAAAAUCUGUCUCCGUUGCUGAGAAUCAAGUCGAUUCUUCGAGAACAUCAAACGAUUAUUGCGAAGUGAGCUCUACAGUCGGCCCCAACUUACAAUCUGUUGAAACUCCAUCUUCGUCUACGUGGGCUUCAAAAUCAAGCGUUUGGGACGUUCCCAAAUACUUUCCAGAGCCGGUAGAUGCCUGGUGCUUCAUUAAUCCAUGGAGUGCUAUGGGCAGUGGUGUUUUUGUUGAUCCCAUAAAAACAUACCAUAUGCAGGUCGCAUUGGCGACAAAACAAACACCGUUUGCUUUACUUAAACCAGAUAAAGGCGCUCCGAUGCUGGUGCCAGCCACCGCCGAAGAUUUGCGAGACGGUGGCAAACUUAUUGUGAGAAAUGACGACAGCCCUGAAACCCGGGUUGGUGAAUCCGUUGAUAAUGGUGCAGUUCAAAUCCGUGUACCAGUUGUGGCGACUGUAGUUCCGAGGAUCCAACCGGGCGGUCAGCUGCAGUUGUGUGUUGAGGAGCCUCACCACGCUUAUCACACUGCAUUGUCUACUGAAGCACCUUGUAGUUCUUUGUCGUGCACGUUACCGCCACCGGCACCUUCCCCUCCGCUCGAUCUCAUUCCCAUGGACUUGUUCGAUCCGAUGGAAUGCCUGCCUAUGGGUCCUCAGAUCACUGCGGUGGAUAAAGUGGACCAUCCACCCGGCUCAGAUGAUUCUGACAUUUUUAUUGGAAAAUUUGAAGUGAGUUCACACUAA